AUGAUGAGGAAGAAAGAAGGCUACGAGAGACGCAGGUUUGACAAGCAUGGCGUGGAUGCAAUGGAAGAGGAAAACGAUGCGUGCAUCGUUGAUUUAGAGUCGAAGCUGAGCCUGGCCAUGCGAGAUGAGGUCCAGGAGUCUAACAAUCUGCUAGAGGGAAUGGCUGGUGGUCUCGAAGGAGUCCGCAGUUCUAUCGCUGCCUCAAUCAAACGAAUGGGAAACCUGUGGAAUCAAGGAGUCGGGUGGCACACAUGUUACCUAGCUCUCUUUGUUAUUUUCAUUUUCAUGAUAUUCUAUUUCUUGUACGGCAGAUCAUCGUCUUAG